AUUACGCAUGCGCCGAGGGACACAAAAAUGGCGUCUAUCUUUCACAAAAUCCUCUUUCUUCUGUGACCAGGACACAAUAGGAUAGCCAACAUGGUGUUCGAGCGGCUAAUCCUUAUCGACGGGCGCAACCAUUUGCUCGGCCGAUUGGCAUCCACCAUUGCCAAGGCCCUGCUCUCUGGUCAACGGGUGGUUGUUGUGCGAUGCGAGGAGAUCAACAUCUCCGGUAGCUUCUACCGCAACAAGCUGAAGUACCUCAAGUACCUCCGCCUCCGUUGCAAUGUCAAGCCAUCCCGUGGUCCGUUCCAUUUCCGUGCCCCAAGCAAAAUGCUUGUGCGUGUUGUGCGUGGUAUGAUCCCCCACAAAUCAGUACGUGGUGCUGCGGCCAUGAAGCGCCUGAAGGUGUUCGAGGGUGUCCCUCCACCAUAUGACCAGAUGAAGAAGAUGGUGAUCCCUUCAGCUCUCCGAGUCAUCCGCCUUCGCCCUGGCCGCAAGUUUUGCCGUCUUGGACGCAUCGCCCAUGAAGUUGGCUGGAAGUACCAGGAUGUUGUGUCCACCCUGGAGGAGAAGCGCAAGGCCAAGGCUCUCGUCUACUACGAGAACAAAAAGAAGAUCCUGAGAAGGAAGGCCGCAGCAGAGAAGCGCGAAGCAACCAAGCUUGCACCUCUCAACCAACAACUUGCUCUGUACGGACACUAAAUACAAUAACUAUGGGCAUUCAUGCUCCGAAAGA